GAGUGCAUCGAGUGCAUUGCAAGCGUUUGUGGGUCGCGUCAUUUAUUGGUCUAUUGUUUUGAUUUUUUUCAGAUAAUGUAAGAAAGAUCUAUAGACUGAGUCAGCUAAAGAAUCUACGAUUUAACUUCCCACAAAGAAAUAUAUUAAUAGAAUAAAUAUGUUAGGAUUAAAAAGGCUUCUAUUCUUAGAAGCUUUACGUUAAAAUUGUGCAUUGUAUUUUAACCUGAAAAUGUACAACGCGUUUAAAUUGCUCAUAAUUACAUUAUAUUAUGUGACACAAUAUGUAAAUGCUCAGUACUGUUAUCCAAAUUAUUGCGAAAAUGUGUUUACUACGGAGCCAGUGCCAGGUUCUCGGUGUCUGCUCAAACCGAUUAAAAAUAAUGAUUGCAUUAAACUUAGAUUCGAUGGGUGGAAUCAUGUACCUUCAGAGGAGUAUGCGGCUCUAUUUCAAUUGUCUGCUUAUGUUAGCCGUACAGGGGAAUUUCAGGGAAAAGCAACUACAUUUAAUUUAUCAGUUACCGACAUAAAUUUUCUUAGGUUAACCACACGUUAUCAAAGUCUGAUGGAUGAAAAUAUUUCUACGUGUACGCAUAUUGCGUUUUAUGGAAACACGACUGAUUCAGUACCUAACAAAUUCUUUUUAUCGUGUCCUUUUACAAAUCAAUCUUAUGAAGGUAGUCCUUAUCGUUUGGAGUACUUUGUGAGUAGGAAAACAUUGGAGUACAGUAAAAAGCUUGUUUUUAUAAUUCCCCAUCACGAGUCUAUUGACGAAAAUAAUGACGUUACUACAUACUUACCAUUCAUUUACAUAGAUGUUUCUGAUGCAUUGCUCUUCACGUUAUAUAUACAACCGGUUCCUGCAAAAUUUAAUGUAACUAGAUACAGAAUUUGGUUAACAAAUAAUAGUACUGGUGUUACAAACGAGAUAAACCUUUCUCAGCCAGAAAAUGGAGAACAUAUAAAAUAUAAUUUUUCCAUAUUUGAUGGAAUUUAUUAUUUCAAAGUUGCGGCCAUGCAUCCUAAUUGCAGUAUAUAUGGAUGUAUUAAUGCCACCUCACCAUUCAUAAGUAUAAGAGAAGCAUCGCAUCGUUUACUCAUUAUGAUAAUUAGCAUUAUAUGGAUACCACCUGUGAUAUUAUAUGCGCUUUACCACAUAUAUAAGUUAUGUAAAAAAAAUGCAAAGAAGGACAGAAAGAAACCAAAUUGUUUAAUAGUUUAUUCGCCAACGCGCGAAUCACAUAUCACGGUAAUGACAGAAUUAACAAAAUAUUUAAGAUGCUGUAAUAUUAAUGCUAUGAUAGAUAUGUUCGAUAUUUCGGAAACCGUAUCAAAGGACGUUGAACUUUGGUGUAGAACCGCAUUUAAUUCUGCUGACAUUAUUCUCAUUGUGACAUCACCUCCAUCUAAUAAACAUAUACCAAUUAAAUACGAGAAUAUAGACAGUUAUAUAUUACAAUUAAUUAGAGAAAAUUAUGGGCAAAGAAACAAAAGGUAUUACAUUUUACAAUUGCCAUAUUGUAAGCCAACAGAUUUGCCUGACGAGGCGCAACGUUUUCAACGUUUUCGUAUGCCUGAAGAAUUAGCAAAAUUAGUGAGAACGGUUCAUCAAGUUGAUUACGUUACAUUUUUUGGUUUAUCGAAUAAAGAGGAACUCUUGGAAAGUAUAAAAUUAGCACAAAUGGAGAUGUUAGACGAUGGCACUACUAGCGAUCACAAAAGUGCCGAUGAAACUGACGAUCUUUUACCAUCCGUAGUAUCACCAAAUAAUAUUACAAAUCAAGAUUUAAAUAACGAGGACAACAAUUCUACGUCUAUGAAUGUUUUAAAGAAUGAGCAUAAUAUGUUGAAAACAAAGUAUAGCGAAAUUGAAGAUGGAAUAAAUAUUACCGUCCAUUUGGAUUCAGACGAGCAGUAGUAUAAAUUUGCAAUUAGUAUUGGAAAAGAAAAAAGAAAUAAGAAAAAAGAAAAAAGAAAAAAGAAGAAAAACAUAUAAGCAAAGCAAUGAAUGUUUUGUUUCGUAUUACUCAAGGCUGUUUUAACAACGAUACAUUUUUUAAUUUAUCACAUUUUUAUACCCCGUGUUAUAACGACGACCAUGUUUAAUAAAUGUUUACGAUGAUCA